AUAAAAAUAAAAAAUAAAAGAGAACAAAAACAAGUAGAAGCUAACAUCGGCAAGAAAGAAAUUGUAUCAGAAAAAUGGCAACGGUGGCGGAAUCGUCGGAACCUGAAACACCUCCUCCCGCUGUUAAUCUCCCCACAACCACAACCACAACCGCCCAAGCCCAACCUCAAACCCUAGACGUACAACCGUUCAUCGACUACGCUGUUGGCCAAGCCCUUUUCUACCAAAAGACCAUCUACGACGCAGUCGAUUCUGCAAUCGACGUUUCAACAUCUCGUUUUUCUCAAAUCCGUUCAACUUCUUCCGCUCAUUUUCAACAAACAUUGCAUUAUUUGGAUGAUUUCAAGUCUCAGUAUAAUACUUAUGAGGAUCUUUUGUUUGGAAAGAUCAAAGAGGGUGUAGUGGUUGCAGCUUCACAUCCAGUAAUUACUUGUGGAGCCACUGCUUCCUUGGGGUUUCUGGUCCUCAAAAGGCCUCGUCGGAUCAUGUACUACAAUGCUAAGCGACUUUUUUUCAGUGAAGAGUCUUUGAUUUCUAAAGCCAGUGCUGAAGUUAUUGAGUUGCGGAAGUCAAUUGAUAUUCUGAAAUCUGAAGUUGAAAAGAUGGAGAAGAAUGCAUUACAUGCAGAAGAACAAUUCUUACAUGGAAGGACAAAACUAAGAGACGCAGGAAAGCAAAUCCGAAAUGUGAUUCAGUCUGCAUAUAAAAUUGAAAGACGGGCAGGAGGUUUAAAAGAUAUCCUUGGAGAACUCCCUAAAAGAGAAGCAUCUCACUUUCGGUCACAGGUUUCCAAACUUGCUUCUGAGGCAAAGCGAGAAAAGAAUUCCUUGGCCAAGGAGGUCUCUAAAAUUAGCAACUAUGGCAUCUCCAUUUGAAAACCUUUGCUUCGGCAUGCUCUAAUUGAAUGUACAAGUUUUCUGAUGAUCAUCAUAUCCUAUCAUCAUACCCUCCUUUUUUUCUAGAUGCAUCCUUUGAUUUAUGUUUGCAAGAGGGGAUGCAUCGUACACAGAGUAGAAAGGGAUUAUUAUAGGAAAAAUUUGAAACAAGAAAAAUGCAUUGAUGCUGUAUACCUUAUAACUCAAUUGAUUUUUUCCUUUCCAAUAUACAAAGCCCAACAGUGAAUGAAAUUUCACUUAUAAACACCUGUAUAACUUAGUUGAAUGAAACUUUUAGGGUUGGAAUUAUUUUGCAGUUGUAUCAAAUCUGUGAUCACGUUGCUCAGUUCAACGAGAUCAAGCAGUAGACUCACAUGAACUGAGAAUAAAGUCCGUGAAACUUUGCCUAA